CACAAUCACUGAUCGUUGACACAUUUACAAGAAUUUGAAAAGCCUAAGCAAAGCUUUGUCCCCUCCCCAGAAAAAAGGAAAAUGUUAGGAGAUGAAAAAAGUAGCUUGGAAUCUGAUUUUGAUCUGUUGGAUACCAUUCACCAACAUCUUCUUGAUGAUAAUUAUUUCCAUGGCACUCUCAUGGCAAGUCUUUUCCCAAACAUCCCACCAGCAGUGGAGGAUUUGGGAAAACUUAGCAUAGUGGUUCCUGGUGAGUCUUCUGAGUCUUCCUCAUGGAGUCCACCCAACCAAAACGGUGUCGCUGAGCCAGCGCCCCCUACGUGGGCCGACACAACUGAGGUAAAAAAUAAUGUCCAGCCAAAGCCUGCGGCACGUGAAACCCACGCGCCUCCUAGAGGGAGGCAGAAUUACCGGGGAGUGCGGCAGAGGCCUUGGGGGAAAUACGCAGCGGAGAUUAGGGAUCCGACUAAAAAUGGCGCUAGGAUGUGGCUCGGGACCUACGAAACGGCUGAGGAUGCGGCUUUGGCUUAUGAUCGAGCCGCCUUUAAGAUACGCGGCUCGAAGGCUCUUCUGAAUUUUCCGCACCUCAUUGGCUCAGAUGAUGAUGCAUGCGACCGGGCCAGAGUGACUUCCACGCGCCGCUAUCGAGAGAGUUGUGAUUCAUUGGCAUUUUCGUCGGAUGGUGGCUCACCGAAACGUAGGAGAAGUAGUGGAGUUGGGUCGGUUGGCUCAAGCUGAGUCGAGUAAUUAGCCGAGUGUUCUCAGACCACCUGAAUUUUUUAUGCGUCGGUCUAACUAAAGUUUUUCUUUCCUGUUUUUUUUCCCCCUUUUUAUGUUGGACGCGUUACCCUUUUAUGUUGGACGCGUUAAUGAA